CUCAUUCUUUUUCCCUCCUCCAGUACACUCGGGUUUGGAUCCCUGAUGAAGUUUGGAAAUCAGCAGAAAUAAUCAAGGAUUACAAGGAGGGAGAUAAAAGCCUGUGUCUGAAGCUCGAAGAUGAAACUAUCUGCGAGUAUCCCAUUGACCUCCAUGGAAACGAGCUGCCUUUCCUGCGCAAUCCUGAUAUCCUCGUGGGAGAGAAUGACUUGACGGUCCUGAGCUACUUGCAUGAGCCUGCCGUCUUCCACAACCUCAAAGUGAGGUUCCUCGAGUCCAACCACAUCUACACGUACUGUGGUAUUGUGCUUGUUGCCAUCAAUCCCUACGAGCAGCUGCCAAUCUACGAACAAGAUGUCAUCUACACAUACAGUGGCCAAAACAUGGGGGACAUGGACCCUCACAUCUUUGCCGUGGCUGAAGAAGCCUACAAGCAGAUGGCCAGGGACAAGAAGAACCAGUCCAUCAUCGUGAGUGGCGAGUCAGGCACCGGCAAGAUGGUCUCCGCCAAGUACGCCAUGCGCUUCUUCACCACCGUCGGGGGCUCGGCUAGCGAGAUCAACAUUGAAGCCAAAGUCCUCGCCUCGAGCCUGAUCAUGGAGACAAUUGGAAAUGCUAAAACAACAAGGAAUGACAACAGCAGCCGCUUUGGGAAAUACAUUCAGAUUGGCUUUGAUAAAAGAUACCAUAUCAUUGGCGCAAACAUGAGGACCUAUCUCUUGGAAAAAUCAAGAGUUGUGUCCCAGGCGGAGGACGAGAGGAACUACCACAUCUUCUAUCAACAGCUCUGUGCCUCAGCAAGUCUUCCAGAAUUCAAAGAGCUCGCACUAACAUGUGCCAAAGACUUCUUCUACACGUCGCAGGGAGGUGAUGUGUCCAUCGAGGACAUGGAUGACGCCAAGGACCUGGAGAAGACCAGGCACGCCUUUGCUCUGCUCGGAGUGAAGGAGUCCCACCAGACCACCAUCUUCCAGAUCAUCGCUGCCAUUCUGCACCUGGGCAACCUGGGCCUCCAAGCGGAGCACAAUAGAGACGCCUGCAGCAUCUCGAGCAUGGACGAGCACCUGAACACCUUCUGUGGCUUGCUGGGCGUGGAGCAUGACCAGAUGCAGCACUGACUCUGCCACUGCAAGCUGGUCACCAUGGCUGAGACCUACAUGAAGAGCACGUCCCUUCAGCAGGGGCUCAAUGCCAGGGAUGCCCUGGCGAAGCAUUACGCCCAGCUCUUCAACUGGAUCAUGAAGCACAUCAACAAGGCCCUGCACACCACCGUCAAGCAGCACUCCUUCAUCGGCGUGCUCGACAUCUAUAGGUUUGAAACAUUUGAAGUGAAUAGCUUUGAACAGUUUUGUAUCAACUAUGCUAACGAAAAGCUCCAGCAGCAGUUCAACUUGCAUGUGUUCAAGCUGGAACAAGAAGAGUACAUGAAGGAAGAAAUCCUCUGGACGCUUAUAGACUUCUAUGAUAACCAGCCCUGCAUUGACCUUAUAGAAGCAAAACUUGGUAUCUUGGACCUGCUGGAUGAAGAGUGCAAGGUGCCCAAAGGAACGGACCACAACUGGGCGCAGAAGCUGUACGACCGGCACGCUGGCAGCCAGCACUUCCAGAAGCCCCGCAUGUCCAACACCACCUUCAUCAUGGUGCACUUCGCAGACAAGGUGGAGUACCAAUGCGAAGGCUUUCUUGAGAAAUACAGGGAUACCGUGUAUGAAGAGCAGAUCAACAUCCCGAAAGCCAGCAAGUACCAGAUGGUUGCGGACUUGUUCCAGGAUGAGAAGGAUGCUGUGCCUGCUGCCUCGGUGGGGAAGGGGACCUCCAAGAUCAACAUCCGCUCUGCCAGAUCCGCGGUCAAAGCGGCCAACAAGGAGCACAAGAAGACAGUGGGAUGCCAGUUCAGGAACUCCCUGCAUUUGCUUAUGGAGACACUGAAUGCCACCACCCCGCACUACGUACGCUGCAUAAAACCAAAUGAUGAGAAGCUCCCGUUCAAAUUUGAUCCGAAGAGAGCAGUUCAGCAGCUCAGAGCUUGUGGUGUGCUGGAGACCAUCUGCAUCAGUGCAGCUGGCUUCCCCUCCAGGUGGUCCUACCAUGACUUCUUCAACAGAUACCGUGUCCUUAUGAAGAAGAGAGAUGUCUCAAAGAACAACAAGAAGCAGAUCUGCCAGACCUUGUUGGAAGACCUCUUUAAGGAUCCGGACAGGUUCCAGUUUGGACGUACCAAGAUCUUUUUCCAUGCAGGCCAGGUGGCAUAUCUGGAGAAAAUGCGGGCGGAUAAGUUCAGACCUGCCAUCAUCAUGAUUCAGAAGACAGUGCGGGGCUGGCUGCAGAGAGCCAAGUACCAGCGGCUGAAGGGGGCUGCCAUAGUCAUCCAGCGUUAUGCAUUCAGGCACCUGGUUCGCAGGCUCGCCGAGCACCUGUGGAGAAUGCGAGCAGCCACCAUCUUCCAGAAGCAAUUCUGAAUGCUGAGGAUCCGGCAAGCUUUUCAGUGCGUUCGCAAUGCCACUGUCACUGUCCAGUCUUUUGCUCAGGGCGUGUUUGUCAGGAGGGUUUAUCGCAAGAUGCUCGUGGAGCACCAAGCCACCAUCCUGUGGUCGUGUGGGCUGCCCCGCGCCCGCUUCCUGCGGAUCCGCAGGGCCGCCAUCAUGCUGCAGUGCUACUACUGGCGCAUGAAGGCCCGGCAGCAGCUCAAGGCCCUGAAGAUCGAGGCCCGCUCGGCACAGCAUCUGAAGAAGCUCAACAUUGGCAUGGAAAACAAGGUGGUGCAGCUUCAAAGGAAGAUCAACGAGCAGAACAAGGAGUACAAACUCCUGAACAAGCAGCUCUCCAUGCUCACCUCUGCCCAUUCCUCCAAAGUGGAAAAGCUCAAGAAGGAACUGGAGCAGUAUCAGCAGUGUCAUCAGGGUGAUGGGAACCAGCCCAUUAGCUUGCAAGAAGAGAUGGAGAACCUCCGUCUGGAGCUGGAGAAAGCCCACGGAGAGAGGAAGGUGGUGGAGGACAGCUACACGAAGGAGAAGGACCUGCUCAGAAAGCGCAUAGCAGACCUGGAGGAGGAGAACGCGCUCCUGAAGCAGGAGAAAGAGGAGCUGAACCACAGGAUCCUGGGUCAGGCCCAAGAUGAAUUUGCUCAAAACACUUUGGAGGAAAAUCUGCAGAUGAAGAAAGAGUUGGAAGAAGAGAGGUCUCGGUACCAGAACCUGGUGAAAGAGUAUUCGAGGCUGGAGCAGAGAUAUGACAACAUGAGGGAUGAGAUUACUAUUAUAAAGCAAUCUCCGGACCACGGGAGAAACUCAUCCAACCAAAGCAGCUUGGAGUCUGACUCCAAUUACCCAUCGAUAUCGACCUCUGAGCUCGGGGACACCGAGGAUGUGAUCCAGCAAGUGGAGGAGGCUGGGAUGGAGAAAGCAGCCAUGGACAUGACACUCUUCCUCAAGCUGCAGAAGCGAGUAAGGGAUCUGGAGCAGGAGAGGAAGAAACUGCAAACCCAACUGGAGAAAAAGGAGCAGGAAGCCAAGAAAGCCGAGGUAAUUGAGACGAACACUGAAGUGGCUCCAGGCAAUGAAGAUCUUGUAUACAACAGCCUGAAGAGGCAAGAACUAGAGUCAGAGAACAAGAAGCUGAAAAAUGAGCUGAACGAGCUGAGGAAGGCUAUUGCGGAGCAGGCAACCCAGAACAACAACUCCAACGACAUCCAGGACAGCUACAGGCUCUUGCUGAACCAGCUGAAGUCAUCCAACGAAGAGCUGGAAGUGCGGAAAGAAGAGGUCCUUAUCCUGAGGACACAGAUUUUGAAGGCAGCUCAGCAAAAAGAGACGGGCAAAAAUACGGAAACAAGCAUCAACACCCAUGCCAGCUGGCCCAACAGUGACAAAAACGUGGCCCAAGAGGAUGCAAUCGAGGCCUACCAAGGGAUGUGUGAGACAAACCGCAAGACUGAGGACUGGGGUUAUCUCAAUGAAGAUGGAGAGCUCGGCUUGGCUUAUCAAGGCUUAAAGCAAGUUGCCAGGUUGUUGGAAGCGCAGCUCCAAGACCAGCAAAGAGAGCACGAGGAGGAGGUCGAGACUCUGAAGAGCCAAGUCGAGGCAAUGAAGGAAGAGAUGGAGAGACAGCAGCAGCCCUUCCUGCAGACCCUUUGCCUACUACAGGCUGUUUUAAGAGGAAGUAGGUGUAGAGCAGCCAGGGUCCUCAUGGAUCUCAAAGAGUUACUAGAAAAUUUGGAGAAGAAUGAAAAGAAGCUGAAGAAACAGCUAAAGAUUUACAUGAAGAAGGUCCAAGAUUUUGAAGCAUCCCAAGCGAUGGUACAGACAGAGAGGAGGCAGCACCAGCUCAACCGGCAGGUUGCAGUCCAGAGAAAGGAGAAGGAUUUCCAGGGAAUGCUGGAAUAUUACAAGGAGGACGAGCCUCUUCUCGUGCGAAACCUCAUCAUAGAUCUGAAGCCUCAGACGGUGUCUGCCACUGUCCCUUGCCUCCCUGCCUACAUCCUCUACAUGUGCAUCAGGCAUGCGGACUACAUCAACGAUGACCAGAAGGUGCACUCCUUGCUCACCUCCACCAUCAACGGCAUUAAGAAAGUACUGAAGAAGCACAACGAGGACUUCCAGAUGACAUCGUUUUGGCUGGCUAACACGUGUCGCCUCCUGCACUGCUUAAAGCAAUACAGCGGGGAUGCGGGAUUUAUGACCCAAAACACUGCUAAGCAGAAUGAGCACUGUCUCAAGAACUUCGACCUGACCGAGUACCGCCAGGUGCUGAGCGAUCUCUCCAUCCAGAUCUAUCAGCAGCUCAUCAAGAUAGCCGAGGGAAUAUUGCAGCCCAUGAUAGUGUCUGCAAUGCUGGAAAAUGAGAGCAUCCAGGGGCUUUCUGGCGUGAAACCAAUGGGCUACAGGAAUCGCUCCUCCAGCAUGGAGGACAGCGACAGCUCGUACAGCUUGGACACAGUCAUCCACCAGAUGAACAGCUUCUACAGCAUCAUGUGUGAUCAGGGCCUGGACCCAGAGAUCAUCCAGCAGGUCUUCAAGCAGCUCUUCUACAUGGUCAACGCAGUCACCCUCAACAACCUGCUGCUGCGGAAGGACGUCUGCUCGUGGAGCACUGGCAUGCAGCUAAGGUUUAACAUAAGCCAGCUGGAGGAGUGGCUGCGUGGGAAGAACUUGCAUCAAAGCGGAGCGGCACAGACGUUGGAGCCCUUGAUUCAGGCAGCACAGCUCCUGCAGCUGAAGAAGAAGACCUUGGAGGAUGCCGAGGCCAUCUGCUCCUUGUGUACCUCGCUCACCACCCAGCAGAUUGUAAAAAUACUUAAUCUCUACACUCCUGUGAACGAGUUUGAAGAACGUGUUACAGUAGCUUUCAUACGAAACAUACAGGCGAACUUGCAAGAGCGAAAUGAUCCUCCGCAACUGCUGCUAGACUUCAAGUAUAUGUUCCCAGUUUUGUUCCCAUUCAACCCAUCCUCCAUAACCAUGGACUCUAUUCAUCUCCCUGCUUCUCUCAACUUGGAAUUUCUCAAUAAAGUCUGAAGAAAAUAGAAUUAAAUCCAUUUCUUCUACCCGGAGACAUCCAGC